CUGGGCCCUCACACUCUCCCACAGGUACAUCCGCUCGGAACGGUCUGUCAUCCUCAUCAACUUCUGCCUGUCCAUCAUCUCCUCCAAUGCCCUCAUCCUCAUUGGGCAGACCCAGACCCGCAACAAGGUGGUGUGCACGCUGGUGGCCGCCUUCCUGCACUUCUUCUUCCUGUCCUCCUUCUGCUGGGUGCUCACCGAGGCCUGGCAGUCCUACAUGGCUGUGACGGGCCACCUCCGGAACCGCCUCAUCCGAAAGCGCUUCCUCUGUCUGGGCUGGGGGCUCCCCGCGCUGGUUGUGGCCAUUUCCGUGGGAUUCACCAAGGCCAAAGGGUACAGCACCAUGAACUACUGCUGGCUCUCCCUGGAGGGGGGACUGCUCUAUGCCUUCGUGGGACCGGCCGCCGCCGUCGUGCUGGUGAACAUGGUCAUUGGGAUCCUGGUGUUCAACAAGCUGGUGUCCAAAGAUGGCAUCACGGACAAGAAGCUGAAGGAGCGGGCAGGGGCCUCCCUGUGGAGCUCCUGCGUGGUGUUGCCGCUGCUGGCGCUGACCUGGAUGUCGGCCGUGCUCGCCGUCACCGACCGCCGCUCCGCCCUCUUCCAGAUCCUCUUCGCCGUCUUCGACUCGCUGGAGGGCUUCGUCAUCGUCAUGGUGCACUGCAUCCUCCGCAGAGAGGUCCAGGAUGCUGUGAAAUGCCGUGUGGUUGACCGGCAGGAGGAGGGCAACGGGGACUCGGGGGGCUCCUUCCAGAACGGCCACGCCCAGCUCAUGACCGACUUUGAGAAGGACGUGGACCUGGCCUGUAGAUCAGUGCUCAACAAGGACAUCGCGGCCUGCCGCACAGCCACCAUCACGGGCACACUGAAGCGGCCGUCCUUGCCAGAGGAGGAGAAGCUGAAGCUGGCCCACGCCAAGGGACCGCCCACCAACUUCAACAGCCUGCCGGCCAACGUGUCCAAGCUGCACCUCCACGGCUCGCCCCGCUACCCCGGCGGGCCCCUGCCCGACUUCCCCAACCACUCGCUGACCCUCAAGAGGGACAAGGCGCCGAAGUCCUCCUUCGUCGGUGACGGGGACAUCUUCAAGAAGCUGGACUCGGAGCUGAGCCGGGCCCAGGAGAAGGCUCUGGACACGAGCUACGUGAUCCUGCCCACGGCCACGGCCACGCUGCGGCCCAAGCCCAAGGAGGAGACCAAGUACAGCAUCCACAUCGACCAGAUGCCGCAGACCCGCCUCAUCCACCUCAGCACGGCGCCUGACGCCAGCCUCCCUGCCCGAAGCCCACCCUCACGCCAGCCCCCCGGCAGCGGGCCCCCCGAGGCCCCCACCACCCAGCCCCCGCCACCCCCACCGCCUCCACCCCCGCCUCCCCAACAGCCCCUGCCCCCGCCACCAAGUCUGGAGCCGACACCCCCCAGCCUGGGGGAGCCCGGGGAGCCCGCGGCCCAUCCGGGACCCAGUGCAGGUCCCAGCACCAAGAACGAGAAUGUCACCACCUUGUCCGUGAGCUCGCUGGAGCGGCGGAAGUCGCGCUAUGCGGAGCUGGACUUUGAGAAGAUCAUGCACACCCGGAAGCGGCACCAGGACAUGUUCCAGGACCUGAACCGGAAGCUGCAGCACGUGGUGGAGAAGGACAAGGAGGUUCUGGGCCCAGAGAGCAAGCCAGAAAAGCAGCAGACACCCAACAAGCGGCCCUGGGAGAGUCUCCGGAAAGCCCACGGGACGCCCACGUGGGUGAAGAAGGAGCUGGAGCCUCUGCAGCCCUCACCCCUGGAGCUUCGCAGCGUGGAGUGGGAGCGGUCAGGCGCCACGAUCCCGCUGGUGGGCCAGGACAUCAUCGACCUCCAGACUGAGGUCUGAGCGGGUGGGCGGCGGCCACACACUGGGCAUGGAGGGAUGCCGCUCCGCCCGCGCCUGCCGCAGACGGGCACAGACACGCUCGCGGGCGGCGGGCCAGGCCCGCGCCCCGGCCUCAGGGCGCUCGGACAGCGGCCAGGCACAGGGCCCGCAGUGCUGGGACCAGAGCCAGAUACAGGACAGGAGGCGGCCCGGCCAGCGGGCACAGGGCAUCGGAGGCCAAAGGUGCCUCGGACUCUGCCCUCCUCGGGCGAGGCCCAGCGGGCAGGUGGGCAGGCAGCUGUGGGCCAUGGACAGGCCCGGUGCAGCCAGCGUCCCAGGAUGCCCGCCUGAGCUCCUGCUGCGGAGGACCAGCCUGCUUGGCCCGGCCGGCCUGGCACCGUUUUUUAAACACCCCCAUCCCUUGGGAAGCAGCCAGCCCCCCACCCCUUCCGGGGCCCCAGGCCCCUCCUAGACCAGGUGGAGAGCACAGCUCUCCCACCCUCGAGGCCCCCAGGGGCAGGACUGAGCCCCCUCCAGGAAGAAGCAGGGGGGAAUCUAUUUUUUCUCUCCUUUUCUUUUCUUCAAUAAAAAGAAUUAAAAACCCACA